ACAAGUGAAUUCUGAGAGACAAGGAGUGGCCGGAGGCAUCACUGGCGAAGGCUUGUUAAAUAUGUACCUACCCAUGUAAAAAGUGACCAACGAGAAUUCAGUUAGCCUUGUAGGGUGGUAAACUGGUGUGUUGCCUUGUUUGUUUGAAAUUCUUUCAUCCACCUUCCACAAGUAUGUUUUUAUCUUUGUGAGAAAAUGUUCUGAACUUCAAUAUAUUAUUAGAUUUUCAAAAAUGGGCAGUACUUCAAGAACUUAUUUCCAUUAAUCAUCAGCAAGAGAUCAGCUAGAGAUAUGUAUUGCUAGUUGUGUUUGAACUUUGAUAAAACCUUUGAAUCCAUUAAUUUAUUCAACAAAUUCAUCAUGAUGAAAACCCAAAGUGAUUCCUAAGGCGCCAUACACUCUGUGAAACCCCGUUAUCUUCUUUACAUAUCAAGAUAAUGACCAUGGUAACUGAAAUUGCUUUCACUAUUCUCAGCUGUUAGAAAGGGUUUUGAAGUUUAGAAACCCUAGAUAUUUUGACAGAGUAAAAACGAGAAAGACAGAAUUACUCAAGGAUGAGUUGGGCAACCUCCAAUCUCUUGCAACUAUGGAAAGUACCUUCUACCAGGAUACUCUUAACAAAUUCUAAGCUCCCAAAAGGUGCAUCCUUGUUGUCUGCAACAGAAAUUCGUGCAACUGUGUGCUUUUGUAGGAAAAUGCAGACACAAACAUAUGAAAUUGUGAAUGGUAGCUAUGUUCCUGUUGCCGAGAACAAACAAGAAAGUCCUUCAGAGGACAAGAAUAAUGUAAAAUUGGAGACAGUUGGUGCAUUCCAGAAGCUACCUAUGGUGAUGCCAUCAGUUGAUAUUCUUUAUUCAGCUAUUAAAAAGUCAAAGAGGAUAUCUCCAACAAAGGGCAUUGUCAAUGCUGCAAAGAGAGAGAGAAAUAAAGGUGCACGACAGCUCGAUGCUCUUAUGAAAGAAUUGGGUGUUCCAUUGAGAGAUUACUUAGACAAGUUUCCAAACAGAAAAUAUCUGCAUCCUUAUGAACGGUCUCUUAUUGAGCUGACUCUGGGUGAUGGAAACUAUGAAGAGGUAUUAGGAAGGUUAAAUGCUCUAAAAAAGAAGGUGAAUUCUGUUGGAAAAGAGCAUGCCUCUCUCUGCGCUAAGUCAGUGUCUAAGCGUGAAGCAGAAGAGCGACUUGCCGAGGGUAUCAAGAGACUGGAAGACAUUUUUAAAUCGGAAGGAAAAACUGUAGAUGAUUUGCUAAACAUUGCCAAGACAUUGCGUGCAAUGCCUGUGGUUGAUUUGGAGUCACCGACACUCUGUCUUGUGGGGGCGCCAAAUGUGGGGAAAUCAUCACUGGUUCGUAUACUGUCAUCAGGAAAGCCUGAGGUAUGCGCAAACCCCUUCACAACCAGAGGAAUUCUGAUGGGUCACAUUCAUUUAAACUACCAACAUUUUCAGGUUACAGACACUCCUGGGCUUCUUCGAAGACCAGAUGAGGACAGAAAUAAUCUGGAGAAGUUAACUCUGGCAGUCCUCCAGCAUCUUCCUACAGCGGUGCUAUAUGUUCAUGAUCUAUCAGGAGAGUGUGGAUCAUCUCCUUCUGACCAGUUUGUUACAUACAAAGAAGUGCGGGAGAAGUUUAGUGACCAUCUUUGGAUUGAUGUUGUCUCCAAAUGUGAUCUGUUGAAAGAUUCACCUGUCUUUUACAUUACAGAAGAUAGUAGCAAUCCGGAACAUAUUGAGAUGGAACAGUACAGAAAAGUGGGACCUCCAGGAGCUAUCCAUGUGUCGGUGAUGAGUGAGAAAGGACUGUCUGAGUUAAAAAGCACGGUUCAUGAGCUGCUGGUUUCUCAAAUGGCUAGGAUCAAAAGCCAAAAUAGCAAUCCAGAAACUUAAUGUUCAUGAAACUUAGACGUUAUUUGUUAGUCUUUUUAAUCUUUCUCCAGUCUUUCUCAGAUGGGGUUGUAGAAAGUAGAAACCAAAAUUCUGGUUAAGCAGUUGUAAUGCAGCUUCAACUUUCAGUUAACUGCUCUAGCAUACAGCACUGGAUCUUGCACUACUCAGGAAAAAUGACCCUUGUUUUUGAGUUUUCAAGGACAGUCACCGUUUUGUUCUUCUACACGGUUAUAAUUCACACCGAAGCGUGGUCCAUCAUUGUAAAGCGGUUGUGUUUCUUCACAGUUUUCCUUCUUUUGAUAAUGAUAUUUGUCACAAUGUAAUGUUUUUGCUAUUGAAUUGUCCUCGUCAAUACACUCAGUAUUUAAUUGAAAAUAGUUAAAAUACUACUGCA